AUGUCCAACAUUCAAUGCCAAAGUCCAGUAAUUAAUUAAAUACUUUGAAGUAGACAGUAUGUUUUGGUUACUUUUGAUGUGUAUAUCUCUUGAACACAGUGGAGGCUGCUGAGGGGAGGACGGCUCAGGAUUUUAUUUCCUACAAACAUUUCAUCAUAAAUUUCAACAUCAUUAGAAUAUAAUGUGUCAAACGAAAUAACUUGAUGAAAAUACAAUUAAAUUAAAACAUAGAUUAAAUUAACUCAAUAACGAUUGGCUUGAUUUAGUUACACAUUUUAGAUGUGUGUUAAUAAUUAUAAAUAUUUUUUAUAUUGAAUUAAUCAUUUCAUAAUUUAAUAAAGAAUAUACUAAACAAUUUACAAUAAUAUAGUUAUUAUAUAAUAUAUAUAUACCACAAGAUGUCAGUAGAGCACCUGUUCUCCUUUCCUCUCUCUCUCCUCUUUUUGAUCUUAAUUUAUUUACCUAGGCAAGUCAGUUAAGAACAAAUUCUUAUUUACAAUGACGGCCUACACUGGCCAAACCCGGACGACGCUGGGACAAUUGUGCGCCGCCCUAUGGGACUCCCAAUCACGGCCGGUUGUGAUAUAGCCUGGAAUCGAACCAGGGGGUCUGUAGUGGCACCUCAAGCACUGAGAUGCAGUGCCUUAGACCGCUGCGCCACUCGGGAGCCCUCUCUCUCUCUCUUCUCCUCUCCGUCUCCUUCUCUCUUCUUCUCUCCUCUCUCUCUCCCCUCUCCUCUUCUCUCCUCUCGUUGCUCUCCUGUCUCUCCCUCUCCCUCUCAUCUCUCUGUUUUUCCUCCUCUCGGUCUCUCUUCUCUCUCUCUUCUCCCUUCCCUCCAUGCUCUCUUCUCUUCUCCUCCGCUCCUCCGUACUUCCUCGCUCUCCGUCUCCCUCCCUCUUUCUCUCCUCGUCUCUUCUCUCGGUCUCGCUCCUCCUCAUCCUUCUCUCGCCUGAGGUUUCCCUCUUUCCUAGUCUCUCUCCUGUAAGCUCGAGGCGUCGCGAGCGCCCAGCGCAUCGGCCGCGCGGCGGAGACAGCGUCAGGUGGACCGAGAAGAGCUCACGGUAGCGAGAAUCAGCCGAGUCGUCAUUGCCACUCUGAAUCGCUCGCAGCAUCAGAUCGACUGAGACCGACGGCGCUAUCUCUCCUCUCCUCCCUCGCGACGGCGAAGCGUCUCAGCCUCUCCUCUAUCCGUCUCUCAGCAUGCAUCUCGACUUGAUCUGGCUCCUCUCUUCUCGAGUCGCUUCCUCUUCUCUUCUCUGUCUUUUCUCUUCAUCUCUCUCCUCUCUCUCUCUCUCUCCCUCUCUCCCUUCUCUCCUUCUCUCCCUUCUCACCUCUCUCCUUCCCAUUCUUUCUCUCACUCUCCAUUUUCUCCGCUCUUCCCCAUAUUCCCCAUCUACUUUACCUGGCUUUCUCUCCCACCUUUGCUUCUCCAAUUUCCCUUUGUAAACUUGCAGGUGGUUUUAAUGUGCACUGGUCUAGGAAUUUGUCAUUAUUUGUAGAUAUUACAUUUGCAGGUGUGUUACAAUGAAAAUGAAGUUAGUGCACUGGAUUGAGGAACUCUUGUCCUGCAAAUGGUGAGUAACACUUUUAUCUCCUUUUAAAAAAUCCUUCAAAAAAUCGACAAGAAAGAAAAGUGUUCUGACAGUAAUGACAAAUACAGAAAUUGUUAAACAAUUGCACUGUUAUGCAAUUCAUAGCAUGGUUCCCUUGUUCAAUUUGACAACCCCUUUUUCCCUGUUUUAUUUUAAAGGUGCAAUCUGCAAUUUGUACUUCAAUUUUCUUUUACUUUUAAGUUAUUGAUAUAUACCCAUUGAUUAUUGAAAAUUAUAAACUGGGUGGUUCGAGCCCUGAAUGCUGAUUGGCUGACAAAACAUUUAUUUUUACUGCUCUAAUUACGUUGGAAACCAGUUUAAAAUAGCAAUAAGGCACCUCGGAGGUUUGUGGUAUAUGGCAAUAUACCACGGCUAAGAGCUGUAUCCAGGCACUCCACGUUGCGUCGUGCAUAAGAACAGCCCUUAGCCGUGGUAUAUUGGCCAUAUACCACACCUCCACGGGCAUUAUUGUUUAAACAUAACUUAUAAAUGCCUCAUGAGCUUAGUUCAACUGUCGUUCACCAUCAGCUUAUUUUCCUCCAGAGUUUGUAAACAGUGUAAACUAAAUCUUUAUGGCCUCAAAACAUGGUUAAAACUAUAAUUUUGAUAUCAUGGAUGGUCAGUCAUUGCUUCAAUAGCUCUGUCUAUGAAUUUGUUUACAUUUCUCCAGCCCCAUCCUUCCGCUUUUUACCAAAACUGUGGCAGGGCGACUGCUUUUUUAUUGUUUGAACUGCAGAUUGCCCCUUUAACAAUUGCCAUCUGAUUAUUGAAAAUGGCAGGAUCAUCAUCACCAAAAAGUGGUUCAAGAAUAUAUCAACAUUGUCCCUUGCUUAACCGGGUUUAUCUAUCCAUGUCGUCCGUGCUUAACUGGGAUGGCCUAAUUGGUAUAGAAGCCAAGUGGCAGCUCAGGUUUUGGGAGACACCUUGCAGGAAGGGAAAUGUAUGAUGUGAGUUGGAGGAAAGGGUUGGUGGUAUUUCAGGAGCUCACAGUUCCAUUGGCCUAAAGAGUCUCCACCACCAUAAGGAGGUCCCUGGGUUUCUGCUGAUUCAUCACUAGUCUACAUAUACACCCUGUUUGAUUUGUUCUUUGCCUGUGACUUGCCAGUGUCUCCACUUCUUCACCGAGUGUGUCCUGUCCUCCUCUUCUCAUAGGUGAGAACCUCUCUUUUCCUCCUCUCUGAUCUUUCUAUCACACAGGAUGUGUCUUAUUGAUAAAUAAGGCAGGAUGUGUCUUAUUGAUAAAUAAGGCAGGAUGUGUCUUAUUGAUAAAUAAAGGAAUACGGUCUCACUGUGGGUGGUAGUUUUACCUGUUACUGUCACGUUCGUUUAAGGACGGGUCAGACCAAGGCGCAGCGUGAAAUGCGUACAUGUUUAUUUAAAUGAUAAACACACGACAAAAAUAUAAACAAACGAAACGUGAAGUCCUAAGGCUAAACACAAAACAAGCCUCUAACACGGAACAAGAUCCCACAACUAACUAGUGCCAAUAGGCUGCCUAAGUAUGAUCCCCAAUCAGAGACAACGAGCGACAGCUGUCUCUGAUUGGGAAUCACACCCGGCCAAACACAGAACUACAACACCUAGACUGAAACAUAGAAAACACACCAUAGAACACCACACCCUGACUCAACAUAUAAGAGUCAGGACGUGACAGUACCCCCCCCUCCCCCCAAAGGUGCGGACUCCGACCGCACAACCUUUACAUAACAGGGUAGGGGCCGGGUGGGCAUUCCGCCUCGGAGACGGAUCCGGCUCCGGGCGUGACGACCACAGACUCUCCGCCUCCCUGUUGCGCCCCUGGUCUUGUCUGGACCUCGGCGCGCUGCUUCCCCUCUCCUUCCUCCCACAAUACUCCAAGCCCUGUCUGGACCCUGGUGUGGGAGACCCCGAACCUGGAGAGAGGCUGACGUCUGGGUCUGGACUGGAACCGCUGACUGGAGCUGGAUCAGGCACCGGUGGAGCGGACUGCUCUGGCUCCGGAGUGGAGCAGCUGACACAGGCUGUGCCGGACUGGACACACGCACCACUGGUCUGGUGCGAGGAGCAGGCACGAGCCGGACCGGACUAGGAACACGCACCACUGGCUUGGUGCGAGGAGCAGGCACGGGCCGGGCCGGUCUGGGAACAUGCACCACUGGUCUGGUGCGAGGAGCAGGAACGGGCCGGGCCGGAUUGGAGACACGCACCACAGGUCUGGUGCGAGGAGUAGGAACGGGCCGGGCCGGACUGGGAACGCGCAACACAGGCCUGGUGCGAGGAGCAGAAACGGGCCGGGCCGGACUGGGAACACGCACAACAGGCCUGGUGCGAGGAGCAGGAACGGGCCGGGUCGGACUGGGAACACGCACCACUGGCCUGGUGCGAGGAGCAGGAACGGGCCGGGCCGGACUGGGAACACGCACCACUGGCCUGGUGCGAGGAGCAGGAACGGGCCGGGCCGGACUGGCGACAUGCACCACUGGCUUGGUGCGAGGAGCAGGAACAGGCCGGGCCGGACUGGCGACACGCACCACUGGCUUGGUGCGAGGAGCAGGAACAGGCCGGGCCGGACUGGCGAAACGCACCACUGGCUUGGUGCGAGACGCAGGCACGAGAUGUACCGGACUGGGAACUGACGUCAGAGAUCUCCAACUGUACCAGACUUUCACUCUCUGCGCCCAGUCCUCCUCCCGUGAGGACUACACCCUGAGCCCCCACGAGUGCAGUGGUCGGGGCUCUUCUCCAUUGCUCCCCGACCAACCCUUUAGCCCCCCACAUUUUUUUUAUUGGGGCUGUCUCUCUGGCUUCUUCCUCGGUCGUCGCCUUCUGCGUUGCCGUUGUUCCUCUCUAUACCGGGCCUCCACUGUCUCCUCCCAAGGAUGGCGAUCCAUCCCAGCCUGAAUCUCCUCCCAUGUCCAGGAUCCCUUUCCGUCCAGGAUCUCCUCCCAUGUCCAGGCUCUCUGCUCCUGGGCACGCUGCUUUGUCCGUGUUUGGUGGGAUCUUCUGUCACGUUCGUUUAAGGACGGGUCAGACCAAGGCGCAGCGUGAAAUGCGUACAUGUUUAUUAAACGUAUAAACACACGACAAAACAAUAAACAAACGAAAUGUGAAGUCCUAAGGCUACACACAAAACAAGCCUCUAACACGGAACAAGAUCCCACCACUAACUAGUGCCAAUAGGCUGCCUAAGUAUGAUCCCCAAUCAGAGACAACGAGCGACAGCUGUCUCUGAUUGGGAAUCACACCUGGCCAAACACAGAACUACAACACCUAGACUGAAACAUAGAAAACACACCAUAGAACACCACACCCUGACUCAACAUAUACGAGUCCCUUGAGUCAGGGCGUGACAGUUACUUAAGUCUUACACAGUACGCAUUUGUAGACUUUAAUGAUUAGGUGAUUUCAUGACUACAUUUACACACAUAUCCACUAACAGGUAGCACCUGGAAAUGAUCACACUAAGUGACGCCUGUCACAAGAUCAACACAUUUGAAUACAGGUGAAUACAUUGAAGUAAAUAUGUCAGAGUGGAUACUAUGAGAAACUAAUGAGCCUGUCUAGACAGAAUGAUGUGGCCCUGCUCAAGGGCAAUACUUUAGCAUGGAAGGCGGUUGAAGACAUUAACUUACUGUAGCUAUACCCAUACCAAAACCAAAUUUCUAAUUAUUUACUUUUUGUGGUAUUUAACGUUUUUAUAUUUUUUGAGUGAUGUACAGUACCAGUUAAAAGUUUCGACACACCUACUCAUUCAAGGGUUUUUCUUUAUUUUAUUAUUUUCUACAUUGUAGAAUAAUAGUGAAGACAUCAAAACCAUGAAAUAACACAUAUGGAAUUAUGUAUUAACCAAAAAAGUGUUAAACAAAUAUAUUUGAGAUUCUUCAAAGUAGCCACCCUUUGCCUUGAUGACAGCUUUGCACACUCUUGGCAUUCUCAUCCAGCUUCACCUGGAAUUAUUUUCCAACAGUCUUGAAGGAGUUCCCACAUAUGCUGAGCACUUGUUGGCUGCUUUUCCUUCACUCUGCUGUCCGACUCAUCCCAAACCAUCUCAAUUGGGUUGAGGUCGGGGGAUUGUUGAGGCUAGGUCAUCUGAUGCAGCACUCCAUCACUCACAUUCUUGGUAAAAUAGCCCUUACACAGCCUGGAGGUGUGUUGGGUCAUUGUCCUGUUGAAAAACAAAUUAUAGUCCCACUAAGCCCAAACCAGAUUGGAUGGCAUAUCGCUGCAGAAUGCUGUGGUAGCCAUGCUGGUUAUGUGUGCCUUGAAUUCUAAAUAAAUCACUGACAGUGUCACCAGCAAAGCACCCCCACACCAUAACACCUCCUCCAUGCUUUAUGUUGGGAACUACACAUGUGCAGAUAAUCCAUUCACCCACACCGCGUCUCACAAAGACACGGCGGUUGGAACCAAAAGUCUCCAAUUUGGACUCCAGACCAAAGGACAUAUUUCCACCGGUCUAAUGUCCAUUGCUCGUGUUUCUUGGCCCAAGCAGGUCUCUUCUUAUUAUUGGUGGCCGUUUGUAGUGGUUUCUUUGCAGAAAUUCGACCAUGAAGGCCUGAUUCACAUAAUUCUGAACAGUUGAUGUUGAGAUGUGUCUGUUACUUGAACUCUGUGAAGCAUUCAUUUGGGCUGCAAUUUCAGGGGCUGGUAACUCUAAUGAACUUAUCCUCUGCAGCAGAGGUAACUCUGGGUCUUCCAUUCCUGUGGCGGUCCUCAUGACAACCAGUUUCAUCAUAGCUUUUGAUGGUUUUUGCGACUGCACUUGAAGAAACUUUCAAAGUUCUUGAAAUGUUCCGUAUUGACUGAACUUCAUGUCUUAAAGUAAUGAUGGACUGUCGUUUCUCCUUGCUUAUUUGAGCUGUUCUUGCCAUAAUAAGGACUUGGUCUUUUACCAAAUAGGGCUGUCUUUUGUCACACAACAUAAUGCCACGGAUGUCUCAAACUUUGAGGGAGCACGCAGUUGGCAUGCUGACUGCAGGAAUGUCCACCAGAGCUGUUGCCAGAUAAUUGAAUGUUCAUUUCUCUACCAUAUGCCGCCUCCAACUUCAUUAUAGAGGUAUCUGUGAUCAACAGAUGCAUAUCUGUAUUCCUAGUUGUGAAAUCCAUAGAUUAGGGUCUAAUUAAUUUAUAUGAACUGUAACUCAGUAAAAUCUUUAAAAUUGUUGCAUGUUGCAUUUAUAUUUUUAGUCAGUAUACAUUUUGUAAUGAUACCACAUUGCUCAUAGCCAUCCUAAAAACACUUGGGUUUGAGUCUUUCCUUUUCACAACAACAAUGUGAGAAAAUUGUAAGUAAAUUUGAUAUUUUCUGACCUUCCCAUUCUAUUCAGCAUGCUAUAGAAUAUCAAUGAUACAACCCUUGGUCAACAUAUUGGCCAGUCAUGUCCCUUCAGCAUAUUGAGCAGUCGUGUCCCUUCAGCAAAUUGACCAGUCAUGUCCCUUCAGUAUAUUGACCAGUCAUGUCCCUUCAGCAUAUUGACCAGUCAUGUCCCUUCAGCAUAUUGACCAGUCAUUUCCACUCAGCAUAUUGAUCAGUCAUGUCCCUUCAGCAUAUUGAGCAGUCAUGUCCCUUCAGCAAAUUGAACAGUCAUGUCCCUUCAGCAUAUUGACCAGUCAUUUCCACUCAGUAUAUUGACCAGUCAUGUCCCUUCAGAAUAUUGAGCAGUCAUGUCCCUUCAUUAUACUGACCAGUCAUAUCCCUUCAGCAUAUUACCAGACAUGUCCCUUCAGCAUAUUGCCCAGUCAUGUCCCUUCAGCAUAUUGACCAGUCAUGUCUGUCCAGCAUAUUGACCAGUCAUGUACAGUGGGGGAAAAAAGUAUUUAGUCAGCCACCAAUUGUGCAAGUUCUCCCACUUAAAAAGAUGAGAGAGGUCUGUAAUUUUCAUCAUAGGUACACGUCAACUAUGACAGACAAAAUGAGGAAAAAAAAUCCAGAAAAUCACAUUGUAGGAUUUUAAAUGAAUUUAUUUGCAAAUUAUGGUGGAAAAUAAGUAUUUGGUCAAUAACAAAAGUUUCUCAAUACUUUGUUAUAUACCCUUUGUUGGCAAUGACACAGGUCAAACGUUUUCUGUAAGUCUUCACAAGGUUUUCACACACUGUUGCUGGUAUUUUGGCCCAUUCCUCCAUGCAGAUCUCCUCUAGAGCAGUCAUGUUUUGGGGCUGUCGCUGGGCAACAUGGACUUUCAACUCCCUCCAAAGAUUUUCUAUGGGGUUGAGAUCUGGAGACUGGCUAGGCCACUCCAGGACCUUGAAAUGCUUCUUACGAAGCCACUCCUUCGUUGCCCGGGCGGUGUGUUUGGGAUCAUUGUCAUGCUGAAAGACCCAGCCACGUUUCAUCUUCAAUGCCCUUGCUGAUGGAAGGAGGUUUUCACUCAAAAUCUCACGAUACAUGGCCCCAUUCAUUCUUUCCUUUACACGGAUCAGUCGUCCUGGUCCCUUUGCAGAAAAACAGCCCCAAAGCAUGAUGUUUCCACCCCCAUGCUUCACAGUAGGUAUGGUGUUCUUUGGAUGCAACUCAGCAUUCUUUGUCCUCCAAACACGACGAGUUGAGUUUUUACCAAAAAGUUAUAUUUUGGUUUCAUCUGACCAUAUGACAUUCUCCCAAUUCUCUUCUGGAUCAUCCAAAUGCACUCUAGCAAACUUCAGACGGGCCUGGACAUGUACUGGCUUAAGCAGGGGGACACAUCUGGCACUGCAGGAUUUGAGUCCCUGGCGGCGUAGUGUGUUACUGAUGGUAGGCUUUGUUACUUUGGUCCCAGCUCUCUGCAGGUCAUUCGCUAGGUCCCCCCGUGUGGUUCUGGGAUUUUUGCUCACCGUUCUUGUGAUCAUUUUGACCCCACGGGGUGAGAUCUUGCAUGGAGCCCCAGAUCGAGGGAGAUUAUCAGUGGUCUUGUAUGUCUUCCAUUUCCUAAUAAUUGCUCCCACAGUUGAUUUCUUCAAACCAAGCUGCUUACCUAUUGCAGAUUCAGUCUUCCCAGCCUGGUGCAGGUCUACAAUUUUGUUUCUGGUGUCCUUUGACAGCUCUUUGGUCUUGGCCAUAGUGGAGUUUGGAGUGUGACUGUUUGAGGUUGUGGACAGGUGUCUUUUAUACUGAUAACAAGUUCAAACAGGUGCCAUUAAUACAGGUAACGAGUGGAGGACAGAGGAGCCUCUUAAAGAAGAAGUUACAGGUCUGUGAGAGCCAGAAAUCUUGCUUGUUUGUAGGUGACCAAAUAUUUAUUUUCCACCAUAAUUUGCAAAUACAUUCAUAAAAAAUCCUACAAUGUGAAUUUCUGGAAUUUUUUUUCUCAUUUUGUCUGUCAUAGUUGACGUGUACCUAUGAUGAAAAUUACAGGCCUCUCUCAUCUUUUUAAGUGGGAGAACUUGCACAAUUGGUGGCUGACUAAAUACUUUUUUCCCCCACUGUAUAUAACAAUCCUGUAUGUCAAACUCACCUUUUUUCACAGGAAAAGGAUGUCCUCGACCCGCAAGCAUCAUCUAAAGGUAAAUCAACACAUUUCACUGUGACAACUUUCUAUGUAUUCUUAUGGUCUGCUUGGCAAGUUCGGUGCAAACUGCAUUUUAUCGAUGGGUUUCCAAUGAGCAGUAUAUGACUCUGGGUAUGACAAUGUGCAUUUCUAUAUUUUUGACCUCCAUUAAGUACACCAAUGUGUCCUAAAUGUACACAGUGGUGUAAAGUACUUAAGUAAAAAUACUUUAAAGUACUACUUAAAUCGUUUUUUGGGGUAUCUGUAAUUUACUUUACUAUUUAUAUUUUUGACUACUUUUACUUUUACUUCACUACAUUCCUAGAGAAAAUGAUGUACUUUUUACUCUGUACAUUUUCCCUGACACCCAAAAGUACUCGUCACAUUUUUAAUGCUUAGCAGGACAGGAAAAUUGUUCAAUUCAUGCACUAAUCAAGAGAACAUCCCUGGCCAUCCCUACUGCCUCUGAUCUGGCGGACUCAUUAAACACAAAUGCUUUGUUUGUAAAUUAUGUUGGAGUGUUGGAGUGUGCCACUGGCUAUCCGUAAAUUAAAAAGAUUUGCUUAAUAUAAGGAAUUUGAAACGAUCGAUACUUGUACUUUAUUUUUUACGUUUGAUACUUAAGCAUAUUUUAGCAAUUACAUUGACUUUUGAUACUUAAGUAUAUUUACUUUUAGACUUUUACUCAAGUAGUAUUUUACUGGGUGACUUUCACUUUUACUUGAGUCAUUUUCUAUGAAGGUAUCUUUACUUUUACUCAAGUAUGAGAAUUGGGUACUUUUUCCACCACUGAAUGUACACCAAGCCAGGUACUAGACUAGGUUUGGCCUCACUGUGUUUCUUUUCCCCCCAGAGCUUGUGUCUCUUGAUUGUGGCUACUUCGCUGGAAGCAGAGAAAAAGGAGUCUGUGAAGGAGAAAGACAAUUUCAUGGCUCAGAUCCCCGGCCUGGAUUUGUCUGGAGAUCAAGCGGCGCUGGUGGUACGAUACUAUUUAUUAAUUUGAGUUUGUCGUAAUAAGGAGGGGGAAUUCGUACAUGAAGUAUACAAACUCCAUUAUCUUCCUUUUGCGGUUGCUGAUGUCUUUUUUUAAUACAGCAGCAGGGGAUAUAAUUUCACACAGGCGUCUUGGCAAAGCCUUCAUCAGUAUGGGGAAUGAAAGGUUCGCCACCUCUCUCUCUAGAUAGCUGUUGCCUGCAGAAAGUGGUUCAUUCCACACACUGUAGAUGCUGGUGCCAUGCUGGUGCCUCUCAUAUAAAUUAUCUGUGAUGUGUUUGUGUGCACAAAGGAAAUGAUAAAAAAGUUAGCCCAGACCAUCGACAAGGUUGAUGAGGAAAGAUAUGACACAGAGGCAAAAGUGAAGAAGUCAGACAAAGAGGUACAGUACAUUGCAUUCCAUAUUGUCCUCAUCCUGGAAACAUAUACCGCUGGUCUUGACUAUGUGUUGACUCACCCUCUUCACAGAUCGAGGAGCUGAAGAUGAAAGUGGUUGAGGUCCAGGGCAUAAAGAAGCCAGCUCUGAAGUAUGUCUGCUGA